ACGCAGCCAAUUGGACGUGGCCAAGAGCAGGCACCAGGGCAGCAAGAAGCAGAGCGUACGCGGCGCACAAAAACAAACUAACGGGCGUACUUUGAAUAAUUUCCGUUUUCUUCUCGCGUGUUCUGUUUUCUUUACAAGCACCAAAAAAAAAAAAAAAAAAAACAAGAAGAAUAUUUGUGUGUUUUUUUUCUUCAUACGUUCUUGUUCUUGUUGUUUGAGUAAAUCGCCGUUAUCUUCGCGCGACAAUUGAACAGCGCUUGUAACAAAACAGAACGAAAAAGAAAAACAAUUUUUUAUUGCGUGUUUCGUUCGCGUUUCAAUUGAAUAUCAUUUAGCCAAUUGAUUGAGAAAAAUUGUUUAUUAUACAAAUAAUUCCGACAUACAUUUUUUUUUUUUGGAAAACGCCGCGCGUUUGUGUGUCAGUGCCAACAACAACAACAGCAACAACAACUGCAACAACUGCAACAACGACAAAGUCUCUGACGGCCGCAGGAUGAUUCCAAUUUUGGAGAAACUGAGCGGCUUCUACAGCAGCUAUGUGCUGGGCAUACUCACCAUUGGCUAUAUACUGGGCGAACUGGGUCACUAUCUGAUUGGCGUUACGUCCAAGCAGACGGCCAUUGAGCUGGACUACGGCGAUCAUGCCUGCCAGCAGAACAGCAGCCUGUUCACGCGCCACGAGCUGGUCACCCAGUGUGCGGACGUUAAGAACGAGACCAGCUGCUAUGCGCUGGACAUGAACGGUACCGGUUACUGCGAAUGGAACUACAAUGGGCUGGGCAUCGAUUAUCAGAUAUUGGCGGGACCCACGUUCAUAUUGGUCUUCACCAUAGCUGGCGUCUUUAUGGGCUUUGCGGCCGACAAAUACAAUCGGGUCAAGAUGCUGACCGUAUGCACCAUCAUCUUCGGUAUUGCCAUUCUGCUGCAGGGCACGGUCAAGGAGUACUGGCAUCUGGUGUUGCUGCGCAUGGUUAUGGCUGCCGGCGAAUCGGGCUGUAAUCCCCUUGCCACGGGCAUCAUGUCCGACAUCUUUCCGGAGAACAAGCGCGCCCUCGUCAUGGCCAUAUUCAAUUGGGGCAUCUAUGGCGGCUAUGGUAUUGCCUUUCCCGUCGGCCGUUACAUCACCAAGCUCAAUUUCUUUGAUAUGGGCUGGCGUGUUUGCUAUUUGGGCGCCGGCAUCCUAACGAUUAUCGUUGCCGGACUGACGGGCACCACGCUCCGCGAACCGGAACGCAAAUCCAUUGGCGAGGGCGAUCGCACCUCGGCCAGCGGCAAACCCGUCACACUGUGGCAGGUCAUCAAGAGUCCGGCCAUGAUAAUGCUAAUGAUAGCCGCCUCCAUACGUCACAGCGGCGGCAUGACCUUCGCCUACAAUGCGGAUCUCUAUUAUAAUACCUAUUUCCCGGAUGUCGAUCUCGGCUGGUGGCUAUUCGCCGUCACAAUUGGCAUUGGCAGCGUCGGCGUUGUCGUCGGCGGCAUUGUCUCCGACAAGAUUGUCGCCAAAAUGGGCAUACGUUCGCGUGCAUUUGUCCUGGCCGUGAGCCAAUUGAUCGCCACACUGCCUGCCUUUGGAUCGGUCUACUUUGAGCCCUUGUGGGCGAUGAUAACGCUCGGCCUGAGCUACUUCUUUGCCGAAAUGUGGUUCGGCAUUGUGUUUGCCAUUGUCGUUGAGAUUGUGCCGCUGCGCGUUCGCUCCUCGACAAUUGGUGUCUUCCUCUUUGUCAUGAACAACAUUGGCGGCAAUUUGCCCAUUCUGGUGGAUCCUGUCGCCAAGGUCAUCGGAUAUCGCGGCUCCAUCAUGAUCUUCUAUGCCGGCUUCUACGGUGUCAGCUCCAUACUGUUCCUGAUCACCUGUUUCCUGCUGGAGGGCAAGGCCAAGCCGAAUGCCACGGAGCAGGAGUCACAGAAGACGCAUCCGGAUGCGGUAUUGAAUGCACGCCAAAUGCACGGACAUGACAACUCGGUGUUCAGUGUGGACGAGUCGCUGCCCUCGAACGGACGACCCGUCCAGCUGCCGCAGCACCUCCAGAUGUCCAGCAACGGCUACGAGAAGUCACAAUCGACGCAGCCGCGUCACAAUGGUGCCGAGAGCAGCAGACUGUAGUAUUAUGACAAGUCCAAGUGUCAAAGUGUCAGACAGACAAACAAUCGAAACAGAUUUUAAUUAACAAUAAUAUGGCAAAGUGCUUCUUUUUUCUUUUCCUUGUUAAAAUAUGUGUGCAGACCGUGUACAUGUUUAUUAAUUUCGAAAAUUUAACCAGAUGGUACAGAAAAUUGGCAAGUAUAAAACAUGUGUAUAUAAUAAAGAUUAUAUAUGAUAUUCAGGAGCAAUCAGCACAAAUGAAAUAUUUAAACAUGCCUAGAUUAGUUAAGCUUCGUUCAUUGUAACAAAAAAAAAACAAAAAACACAACAUUUCCAAUGCAAAAAUAAUUCAAAAUCCGAAAGUUUUUAAACUUAAACCAAAACAUAACUGCUGAAAAUAAUAUGAAUUGGAUUCUGCGAACUAUAACAAAAUGUCCAAUGCAAAAAUAAUUCCAAAUCAGAAAGUUUUUAAACUUAAAAACUUAACUGAACAAAAAAAAAAUAUACACUGGAUUCUCUUUCUACGACUUUGCUGUGUUAAUCUUCGGUU